CCAGCCUGCCAAUAUCCAUUGCCAAAAACACCCAAAACCACCUCAACUGUCCCUACCCAAAUGGAUCCCAAUGCAGGUGUCCCCUUUUCCAAAAUCCCAGAAACACCCCUGAGCUCCGGCGGCCGGAAAAUGCCCGUGCUGGGGUUCGGCACGGCGUCUGACCCGCCGGUAGCGGCAGAAACCACCAAGCAGGCGGUGCUCCACGCGAUUGAGGUGGGUUACAGGCAUUUUGACACGGCGGCGCUUUACUAUACAGAAGAGCCCCUCGGUGAAGCCAUAGCAGAAGCUAUCAAUUUGGGUUUGAUUAAAUCGAGGGAAGAGAUUUUCAUUACUUCCAAGCUAUGGUGCAGCGAUUCUCAUCAGGAAUUUGUUUUGCCUGCACUUCGCAAGACUCUCAAAAAACUGAAGCUGGAAUACAUUGACCUGUAUCUCAUCCACUGGCCUGUGAGUUCAAAGCCAGGAAUAUACAAAUACCCAAUAAAGAAGGAAGACUUUCUUCCCAUGGACUAUAAGUCUGUGUGGUCUGCUAUGGAAGAGUGCCAGAGACUUGGCCUCACUAAAGCCAUUGGAGUGAGCAAUUUCUCUUGCAAGAAGCUAGCUGAUGUCCUUGCCACUGCCAUUAUUUCCCCAGCCGUCAAUCAAGUGGAAGUAAACCCUGUUUGGCAACAAAAGAAGCUGAUAGAGUUUUGCAAGGGGAAUGGGAUUCUUGUGGUAGCUUAUGCUGCUUUAGGCGCGGUUGGAACCUUUUAUGGCACCAACAGAGUUAUGGAAUCCGAUACGCUAAAGGAAAUCGCAAAGGCCAGAGGAAAGACCGUCGCACAGGUUUGUCUGAGAUGGGCAUAUGAGCAAGGGAUUGGCGUGGUGGUGAAGAGUUUUAACAAAGAAAGGAUGAAACAGAACCUAGAGAUAUUUAACUGGGCAUUGAGCAAGGAGGAAUCUCAGAAGAUUGGUGAGAUCCCACAGAGUAGAGCAUGUCUUGGUAAGGACUACACUUCAGUCUAUGGCCCUUUCAAGACCAUUGAGGAGGUUUGGGAUGGAGAACUCUGAUUGACUCGGAGUACAAGUUAGGACUCUCUGUUUUGUCGCAGGGAUGUUUCUACAAUAACACCUGCAUCAGUGCCAUUUUACCAUAAUAAUGUUGAAGAAAAUAGCUGCCAAAAGAGUGUGCGCUUGUCUUCAAGUGUGCAUGACACAGUGUUUAAAUAAGAGAUUCAUACAUAGGUGUGAUGUACUCCCAGAUGUAUGACAAGUAUAUUUUGAAAAAAAAAUGGAGAUCUCUAUAUAUAUAUAGUUCUUAACAACAAGAUAAAUUAUGUUCUCAAA